AUGGUUAGAGCAUUGAAACAUCAUGAGAAGAAGCUUUUAAAGAAAGUAGACUUCCUUGAUUGGAAGCAAGACCAAGGACAUCGAGACACUCAGGUGACGAGAACUUACCAUAUUCAAAAUAGAGAAGAUUAUCACAAAUACAACAAGAUAUGCGGUGAUAUCAGAAAACUUGCCCAUAAAUUAUCAUUACUCAAACCAACUGAUCCAUUUCGUAUAAAACAUGAGCAACUAUUACUCGAAAAGCUAUAUAAUAUGGGAGUCCUAGCUACAAAAUCGAAAAUAAGUGAUUUGGAAAACAAAGUGACAGUCAGUGCGCUUUGUCGAAGAAGGAUUGGGGUGGUUAUGUGCAGGCUCAAGAUGGCAGAGACUUUGGGGGAUGCCGUUAAGUUUGUUGAACAAGGGCACGUCAGAGUAGGGCCCAAUGUUAUUACUGAUCCUGCUUACCUUGUGACGCGAAACCUCGAGGAUUACUUGACUUGGGUUGAUAGCUCCAAGAUUAAGAGAAACUUGCUUAAGUAUAGAAACAAGAUCGAUGAUUAUGAGUUGUCGUGA